AAGUGACAUUUUGGAACAACAACAAAGAAUUUUGUAUCUGUACAUAAUUCAAAACAGCUGUUCUUUGAUUUUAUUUAUUUUACGAAUUUAGCUUAGUAAAAUGAAUGAGGAAAUCGAUGAAUAUGAUAUUUAUCACCAGGAUUUCACUACAGUGUCUGAGUGGGAAGUGUUCGUGGCAAGACUGGAGGAGGUUAUCAAUGAGUGGCAUUUGACGAAAUCGAAAUUGCCCAAACGUUCAUCAGAAUACACAAAGAAAUGGAUUACAAAAUCAGAAGAUAUAAAGCUUCGUGGCAUACACUUCACAUUGUCGUAUCAUAUGUUAGAACCUGUGAAAAAUACUAACGAAGUAGAAUAUUCAGAUGAUCAAUCGCUUCUUUCUGAUUUACAGAAAGGGCUUUGGGAAUCAGCGUCAAAUUUUAUGGAUGAUGUUGACGGUAGUCCUUUUCCUGUUUCUAAUUGGUUCGGUCUAAAGAGAUAUUUAAUGCUAUGCUCUAGUAGUCCAUUGGUAGAAGGAAGUAUAAUUAAACUGGUGAUGAGUUCUGUAAACAUAGCAAUUGGUAAUGUUGAGUGUGGUGUACCUUUAUUUGUUAAAAUAAGAGAGCAUUGGCAAAAUGUAUACUUAGGUGUGUAUGAGGAUAACGAUUACAAGACAAGUUUUGACACAAUACAUUUGAAGAGAAUUUCAAAUCAUUGUUCUCAUCUUAGUGGUCUUAUGAGUUUGUUUAAAUCUAAAAUUGCAUCACCUAUAGCUCUUGAUGCUGUUCUUGUAUCUACUAAACUCUGUUUCGAACUAAAAGAUUAUGAAACAUUUUUGUGGAAACAGAGAAAUAAUUCUAAUGAAUUUCUAUCAAUUGAUGAAUUUGAUGUUAAGGAACUGACAGACCUGCCAUUUGGAGCUGAAAAUAACCCUAUACAAAGUGCUUGUUUAAAUGCAAUUUGGCCGCAGUUCCGUGAAAGUGCAAUUGUUGAUUCUUCAAUAUAUUCCGAUAUUGAUCCAAUAAUGGCUCCAACAUGGACAAUAACAAUAAAAUUACGAAACAACAUUCAAUGUCAAUUAUCUGGAAUUAUAGAUAAAAUGAUGUCAUUGUUAGAUGAAAGAAAUUUAUUAAUGGAUAUAUUAGGUUUAAGUAAGAGUUUGGGGCUGGUGAAUCCAUUGCACAAGAUAACGGAAGCUCCUAUAACAAUAUCAAAGCUAGUAAAAGCUGCAAUUGGUCAGGGGACAAGUGUAACAGAAUUUGUAGGACCAAUAACUGAUGAUCUACUGAUGCCAUUGUUGUAUUAUGUUUUUCCCGAUGCAAUUGAAAACAGUAACUUUCCAUAUCCUGAUCGGCUAGAUUUGGAAUCUAAGCAAAGUGAGGGCAGUGAGUCAAAACUGUGUAGUUACGUAAAGGCAAGCCCUAAAGAUGGUUUGGUGUGGAGACUCUCGGUGACUGCAAUCAGGCUGUUAGAUGCAGGAGGUCUUCCUUACUUGGCACACAUCUGGUAUGAGUUUGUACAAGAACUACAAUAUCGUUGGGAACAUCGGAUUCUUUUACCGGGCGUAGCGGAAGGUCCGCCGAACGCGAGGACCUGCCUCCUACACCAGAAACUGCAGCUGCUGAACUGCUGCGUGAGACGUGUAUCACAAGGUGGUGUCGGCGGGGCCGGUAACUCCUCCGAGGAUGAGUUCUAUGAUUGCUCGGAGGGCGAGGCAGGGGAGGACCAGCUGCCCUGGGACCGCCCUGUGGGGAGACUCGCCCGUCUCGGCAAUGAGACCCUCAAGAAUGGGGCGCCGCUAUACGUUCCUCGUACACAGGAUCCCGCGCCGAAGACAGAGGAUCAAUUAGAAGAGGAUGCAGAACUCAUGGUGCGACUGGGUGAUGAUGCUAAAGCUUCGGAACUUCGUGCGAGAAUGAUGAGUGCUUCGCUGCUGUCCGACAUGGAAGCGUUCAAAGCUGCCAACCCCGGUGCGGAGCUAUCUGAUUUCGUCCAUUGGUAUUCUCCCCGAGAUUGGAAACCGGAUGAUGGUGGGUCAUUAGGUGAUCGGAUGCUUUUACCGGGUAAUCCCUGGGUCGAAGCAUGGAAUGUAGCCCGACCUGUCCCAGCCUCACGACAGAGACGCCUGUUCGAUGAAACUCGUGAAGCAGAACAAGUUUUGCAUUUCUUACGCUCUCGUACAACAGGGGCGGUGGUUGAACUCUUACUGCCAGCUGUACUUAAAGCUGGGGCAUUAAAAGCAAUGGCAGAAGGUGCUACAAGUAACGGUUCGAAUAUCGGUGGUGUUGAUAAGAGACGUACUUUUGAGAUAGCCGCUAGGGAACUGUUUGAGGCGGAAAAAGAAUCAUGUAGAUCGGCGUGCGUUCGUAAAAUACUUGGUAGUAGCGCUGAAGGAAAACCUUUAGAUGUGGCUGGGAGGACUAGGGUGCUGAAUGCGGUAGGUGACUCUCUUCCUGCGCCUUUUCGUAAGGAGUUUACUCUGCGAGUGAAGGACGCUGUUGGGCCACAAGUGCUGAGAGCUGCUCUCGCAACUGACAUGACUUUAGUUGGCGCCUUUACAGAGCGCAUCGUUUGUUUGUAGCGACACUUACUACAUUGUAAAUAUAUGACAGUUGUUGUAAGUUAAAGUGUAGAUAAAUUGUAAUACUUUAAUUAAAAAUUAUUUUUUCAAUGUUCAUUAAUAAACUUGCCUUAUUCGUAAAACUUAUCGUGUGCAACUAAAGAGGAUUUGAUAUAGUUAGUUAUUGAUAUAAUUACGUGAUAAAAUUCUGUUAAUCGUUUUUAAUGUUUAAUAGUAGUUAAGAAUAUAUUUUUUUUUCAAGUGCGACUCUUGUAUUACUCAGAAAUUUCCAUUUAUGUUUUUUCAAUGGCUUUUACCGUUGAUAUAAAAAGUUACAAAUUGUAUAUUGCAUUGCUGAGAGUAUAAUUGGGUCGAGUAGUUUUCAAUAUUGAAGAAUGGUUUAUUGUUCAUAUUUCAUAAAUAAUUUGUACCUACUCUACUUUGUUCCGAACAUUUUCAUUUUACAGAUAUUUUAUUGCUAUAUUUAUUUAACAGUAUUUGCUGAAGAAGUGGUAUUUAGCAUAUAUCCACAAAUUUAAUAUCAAGAUUAUCCCAGAUCUUUAGUAUCCAGUUUGGUUUAUUUUUUAUCGCAUUUUGUAUAUUAAUAAGAGCGGAUCCUUAUAGUAUAUGCGUCGUGUAGCGAGGUACAUGGGAAAAAUUAACCAUACUACGGUUUAAAUGGAUAAAAAAAAAUUGUGAUACAAUUAGUUCAAGUCGAUCUAAGAAAAAAAAGCAUUGAUUUAUUUUUUAUGUUUGUGGCCUCUAUGCUCGUAGAAGUUCAAUUACAAUAGUUGUAUUUAGAUUAUAAAAUAUGAAAACAAGAUUACGUUUUACGAAAACUUGCUUAGGUUAUGAAAUGAAAAUGGUUGUAAGCAUUAAACGUUUUAGUUUGUCUAGACGACAUUUGUGCGAGAUAAUUGCUAAAUACUUUUGUAUGUUAGUAAAUGUUGAAAACAAAUUAUUGGAUUUGACUAGCUAGAAAAAUAAUAUAUUUAUGUAAUGGUUAAUAAUAAUAAUUGUUGUUAUUGAUUAAAAAAAUUGCAAUAAAACACGGUUAUAGUACAUAAAGAUUGUUGUAGCAACGAAAGAUUUGAAUAUGAACCUUGGAAAGAUUUUGAUAAUAAAAUAAAUCGAAUUAUUUAAACGAAAAUGGUUAGUGUUAUAAAAAUUGUAAUUAUACAUAUAUUUAAUUUGUCGUUUAAAUAAAAAAAAGGUUCUUUGUGAUACCACAACAAAGUUCUGAUUUAAAACAUUCUUUAAUUUUCGUCAGCUUUCUUUUUAUUCUUAUGUUAUCGGUUAAAUUGUAGAAAGUGGAAUAGCGACAUACGCUAAAUGCAUUUUGUUGUUGUUUAUGUAAAUUUUAUACAGAUAUUAU